AUGGCAGAAGAGGAAGUGAUUGUGUUGAACUUCUGGCCAAGCAUGUUCGGAGCAAGAAUGAUCAUGGCUUUAGAGGAGAAAGAGAUUAAGUUCGAGUACAAGGAAGAGGAUGUGUUUGGUCAGAAGACGGAUCUAUUGCUCCAAUCCAACCCGGUUCACAAGAAAAUUCCAGUUCUUAUCCACAACGGUAAACCGGUAUGUGAGUCCAAUAUCAUACUCGAAUAUAUCGAUGAGGCCUGGAAAGACGAUAAGACUCUCCCUCUACUUCCUUCUGAUCCUUAUCACAAGUCGCAGUGUAGAUUUUGGACCGACUUUAUUGACAAAAAGGUUUUUGACGCUGGAAGAAGAACAUGGACGAAGAGAGGCAAAGAACAAGAAGAAGCGAAACGAGAGUUCAUAGAGACAUUGAAAGUAUUAGAAACAGAGCUUGGAGAAAAGGUCUACUUCGGAGGAAACGAAACCGUUUCGGCUGUGGACUUGGUCCUCAUCUCCUACUAUCCUUGGUUCCCCACGUGGGAGACCAUAGGUGGUUUUAGCCUCGAGGAUCACACUCCCAAGCUUAUGGGUUGGGUCCGUAAGUGCUUGACCCGACCCGCUAUCUCUAAAUCUCUACCCGACCCGCUAAAGAUCCUUGAUCGUGUCUCUCAGAUCAUCAAGGUCCAUGAGUUCUUCUAUGGUUAUUGA